AUCUUUUGUAUUUAGUAACGUUGAGGGGAUUUUUGGAGACCCUAAACCGAUUCCGAAGUAUCAUAAUAUAAUCAAGCCAGCCAACCGCCGUCAGAAUGAACAAGCUACGUCAGUUCCACUGCUCGUUGAAAAGCGUGAGUGCCCUGUGCAAGCCGCAGGUCCUGUCGAGUGCAGGAGUGCGAUUUUCCUGCGGCGAGGGCAAGGCGAUAAUGAAGGGCGUGGUUGUUGGCCUGUACCAGAAGGAGGGCGACAAGGACCCCAAGCUGACGCCGGCGGGCCAGAAGAUCGACCAGCGGGUCCAGGGCAAGCUGAUGAAGGUCAUCUGCGAGACGAAGCUGGACGGGCGGCUGGGGCGCGGCAAGGUGUUCCACAACAUAGACACCGAAUUCGCGGCCGUGGCCGUCGUGGGCGUCGGCCUGGAGGGGAUCGGGUUCAACGAGCUGGAGAUGCUGGACGAGGGCAUGGAGUUUGUGCGCGUGGCCGCCGGCGUGGGAGCCAGGUCCCUGCAGCAGCAGGGAAUCACCAAUGUUCUGGUGGACGGCAUGGACUACGCGGAGCAGGCGGCCGAGGGCUCGCAGCUGGCCGUCUGGCGUUUCCCGGACAAUCUGUCCAAGAAGAACAUGCCGCUGGUCCCGACUCUGGAGCUCUUCGAGUCGCCGGAUCACGAGGGCUGGACGAGGGGCAUCUUCAAGGCGGAGGCCCAGAACCUGGCGAGGCGCUUAAGCGACGCCCCCGCCAAUUGCAUGACUCCCACCAUGUUCGCCCAGGCCACCGUGGACGCACUGUGUCCGUGUGGCAUUACCGUGGAGGUGCGGACCAUGGACUGGAUCGAAGCCCAGCGGCUGAACGCCUUCCUGAUGAUCGCCAAGGGCAGCUGCGAGCCGCCCGUGCUCCUGGAGCUGAGCUACUGUGGCACGGCGCCCGACGACAAGCCCAUCCUGUUCGUGGGCAAGGGCAUCACCUUCAACUCGGGCGCCCUCAAUCUGCGGCCCUGCGAGGGCAUGGACGAGUACCGGGGCAGCAUGUCCGCCGCCGCCUGCUGCGUGGCCAUGAUGCGCUGCAUCGCCGCCCUGUCGCUGCCCAUCAACGUGACCUGCAUCAUCCCGCUGUGCGAGAACAUGCCCUCCGGGAUGUCCGCGAAGCCCGGCGACGUGGUCACCCUGCUCAACGGCAAGUCGAUGGCCGUGCGGGAUCUGGACAAGGCCGGCGUGGUGGUGCUGUCGGACCCGCUGCUCUACGGACAGAAGACGUACCUGCCCAGGCUGGUGGUGGAUAUAGCGACCCUGAACACUGGUGUGAAGAAGGCCUUCGGUGGCGGCGCCACCGGAAUCUGGUCCAACUCUCACUACAUCUGGAAGCAGUUCCAGCGGGCCGGCUCCAUUUCCGGCGACCGCGUGUGGCGCCUUCCCCUGUGGCAGUACUACCGGCGCCAGGUCACCGACGAGAGGUCCUACGACCUGAGCAACGAUGGCCGAGGACUGGCCACCUCCUGCUUGGCGGCAGCCAUCCUCCACGAACUGGUGCCCUGCGUGGACUGGGCGCAUUUGGACACCCGCGGAACGGGACUCCUGACCAAGUACGGACUGGUGCCCUACCUGACCAAGAAGCGCAUGACGGGACGACCCACUCGCACACUCGUUCAGUUCGUCUACCAAAUGGCCUGUCCGGAAAUGAAGUGAGGUCCAAUAGCCGACUGCGGUGGUUAUGUUGCCGUGUGAUGAGUGCUUGACUACUGGCCGGAGCCAUCUUCGGCCAAGUGUUAUAGUUUGUUUUGAUAUUUCCAAGUAAACCAAGAAUUUUCGGCGUAA